CACUGGGCCCUCCCCCUCCGCCGUCUCCUAGCAACGGCGACGUCGCCGUCUCCUAGCGACGGCGACGCCGCCGAGGGGAGCGGAGGCGCAGGAGGCGGCCUGGGCCUCGCUUCAUCUCCUCCUCCUCCUUCAUCUCUUCCUCCUCCUCAUCGCGGUACAAAAUGAAUCAACUGUACGAUUCGGGGGAGCCGAAUAUUAUUGACGAGGAGAUGUUGAUACAGGCCGUGGAAGAACAAGACCCCAAGCGACAGCCUGGAAAGAUUUCUCAUCUGCAAGACGUUGACUUCAAGGAGAUAACGCAACUGAGACUUGACUUUAAAAACAUUCUUAGAAUUGAUAACCUUUGGCAGUGUAACAACAUUACAAAACUGCAACUGGAUAACAAUAUAAUUGAGAAGAUUGAAGGACUCGAGUCACUAAUCAAUCUCCAAUGGCUCGAUUUGUCAUUUAAUAACAUUGAAGUUAUCAAAGGUCUGGAUACAUUGACAAAACUGGAAGAUUUGAGUAUCUGCAACAACCGAAUUUCACGGCUGGAAAAUAUGGACUCAUUAAAGAAUUUGCAAAUCCUCUCUGCUGGAAACAACUCUCUGGAUCAGUUACCAAAUAUGGUUUACUUGAGAACAUUUCCUAGACUUAGUUCUCUCAAUUUGAGAGGAAACCCUUUGUGUGAGGAUGAGCAAUACAAGUUUUACAUUGCUGCAUAUUUACCAAACCUGGUCUACUUGGAUUUCAGACGUCUGGAUGACAAUACGAAAGAGCAAGCAUUUCAAAAGUAUCACUAUUUAAUUGAGGAGCUCAAGCAUAAUGAGAACAUUGCAUUGCAGAAGAAAGAAGAGCAUUUGCAAAAGGAAAAAAUGCUGGCAUUGCAUAAGGCUGCAUUUGUGGACACUCUGGAUGACAAGGCUGUCUUUGACAACAUGUUUUCUGAAGAUACAGAUGGUGCAAUACUUCAAUCAUUGCCUGAAAUGUCAGGUUUUGUUGAUGAUUAUCGACAGAAGUUUGUUGCCAUUUGCCAGAAGAUUUUUGAAUAUGGACUGCAGCAGUAUAGGCAGAGGGAGGAAGAAGUCGAUGAUUUCACCAGGUCUGUGAACGAAGCGAAGGGCGACAACCGGCAGGCGGCUUCAGCCAUCAUCGGUGAUUUUGAAAAAGAAAACGCGCAGCUUCUCGAAGAAGUACAGCAGAUCACCGAUACUACUGUUCUGGAUGCUAAGAUUUUGGAGCACAGCCAGAAAAUAAAUAAUAUGUGGGAUGCGUUGAUGAAACUCGAGAUCCAACUGCUCGACCAGCUGGAGGAUGUGGUGAAGGACUUUGAAAGGAACCUCACUGACAUGGUUGGCGCGUUUAUUGAAAACGUGCAAGGAUUAUUGUCCCAGUGCCGUGAACUGGAGAACAACUACCAUGAAAAACUUUUAGAGGUGUUGAUGUCUACAUUUGACAAGAUUGUCAAAAAUGAACUAAAAGAAGAAUUAUCUGAAGAUCUGAGACUGAUAUUCACAGACAAGGAUUCACUCGUCAACGCGGCGAGUGCUUCACACGAUAUUCACCUACUGAAGAUUGACAACAAGGAAGAUGACAUCAUUUCUCGAGCAAACACCUGGAUGGCCACCUUUGUCCAAAGGGUUCAAGACGAAGAGGUGAAACGUAAUCGCGCCAGGGUCACUGAGAUCAACCACUACGUCGACUAUCUGCACGAGGAGCUACAGAACCAGGACAUCCAGGACCCUCUGUGAACACCUCUUAGAAUCCCCCAAGAUUCUGGAAGUGUGCGUGUAAUGACAUUAAUGAGAAAUAACAAGAACGUAUUUGCCCAGGGAAACCGCACAAAGUCUGAAGAGACCGUUUCAAGAGGGUAUGGCUACAUUGGGAUGUUUGGCCAGCACCAAUGACAUUGUGUGUUGGGUAACACUAAACAUCUUCUGCAAUUGUAGCCUCUUCAACAUGGCCAUGAAAGUUCUGUAACGAUUUUAUCAGAUGUGCAUAAAGGCAUUUUACAUUAUUAUUACGAGAUUAUUGAUAGCAAACUCGCUAUUAUAAAGGCAAGUAUGCAUAAAGGGCGUUUAUGUAAAGCAGACGGUAUUAGUUAUGAAAACGUGUUUCAUUUCAUUUCAGCUUUUUCAUUGAAAAUUGUAAACAUUAGACUUACGAUUCCCAUCUGCCUCCCAGCACUUAGUGGCCGUCAUUCGUAACCAACGCUGAUGGCUCAUGAAGCAAAACUUUGUGAAAACCCACAAGACGUACUUUGUUGGGCAGCAAAAUCCAUCCUCAAAUUGGUGGCUAUUUUGGUGUGCUCAUUACGAGGUGGGGAGGACGAGUGAACUUGUACUUAUAUAAGAGCUACAAAGAUAAUAUUUGGUAUCAAACAUUAGGCUUCUACGGUAAAACCUCUCAAAGGCCGAAGGGUAUCGAAGAUACAUUCGAAAAAUAAAGCAAAAAAACCUGACCAAUGUCAACACAUUUGUCAAGCUGCACGGCGUUUGGAUAUGGGGCACGUCUCUGUAAUGUUCAAAGUGUUUGUAAUCUUGUGAUAGAUUCAUUUUGAAAUGUAACUCGAGGCUUUUGAAAGUCAUGAAAGAGCUGAAGUGCAAAAUAUAGCACGUUUUCCCCCAAACUAUAUUGUACUUUUAACUUAAUUUCCGUUGUAACAUUUACAUGCGCUUGAAUACACCAUUUCAAUGAAUGUAUCACCACAAAAAAAUUCUACCGACUAAGGUGAUACUACACUAUGAAAAAUCAGGCUUAGGCGGUAAUCUUGACCCAUACUUUUACUGCGUCAAAUAUAAAGCAUAUUACAAUGUACAAAAUGAAGUAAAAAAAUCAUACGAUUUUAAACAAAUUGAUUACAUUGUACCCAAGGUUGCAGAUAUCGGUUCAGACCACAACCCAGUUAUUGUAGAAGAUUGAAGCGAGGGAGUGACCUCAAGGAUUUACAAAUUUUAUGUAAUUUUACUACAAACUGUCUUAAAAAGUAAUUUAUCCCAAACCAACUUUAAUUCUAGGAAAAUGUAGUUUAAUGUGUGCAGUAUUUUCGAUUUCCUCAAGUUGCUUAUGCACCGUUUUCUAUUUGGUUGCUUUUAAAUUCUCUGCAUUUUGUUGCACUUUGUUUUGUGAUUUGGUCACCCAGGUCUCUUGCAAAUGAGACUACCCCUGGGUCUCCGAGUUGUCAUCUGCUUGAACAAAAUAAACUUGAAGAAUCUUGA